AAUCGCCCCCCCCCCCCUUCCCACCCCGAGAAUGCGGCCCAGUGUUCUCCGGUUUGUUGCGCCUUCAUCCCUCUUUUAGCUUAUAGGACCAUGAUAUCCGAGACCACGGCGGAGAAUCGCGCUCGUCCCGUCGUCGUCGAUCCCGAGCGUUUCUUUACUUCUGCUGAGAUUGCCCAACGGGAUUCUAAACGGCUCCAGGAGCUCCACGUUCUUUCCUCCGAGUUAGGCAGUCUGGCCAAGCAGGCCCGAGUGUUCCAGUGUGCCUCGGGCCCGGGUUCCGUGGCCUUACUGGAGCACGAUCGCUCGGCCCUUAAGAGCCAGGUUAAACGCUCGUUGGACCGCCUCCAUAGGCAGAUUCCAGCGCAUGAGCAACAAGAACUGAACUUUUGAUUCAUGCUGUGAUAAGAUAGUGGGACGUAAGGCAGGGGGACAGGAUGGGUCGUUGGCGAUGGAUGAACCUGUUUGUGGCUGCUUGGUUUUUGAUCACUUUGAUCCUGUUCUUGUAUGCGAUUCCGACGAAUUUCGGCGGAUGCUCGGAUAAGUUGAGUCAAACCGAGGACAAGCUGAAUGCUUUUCAGCAAGAUGUCAAACGUCUCGGCCGGGAGAACUCUGAUCUCAGGGACUUGUUGCGAAAGGCUCAAAACCAGUUGGAGUCCAAAGGGGACGCCCAAUCGUCCGGUAUGGACUGGGCUCGUCCGGACCUUAGUCGAGCCUUGUCAAGGUUCGUUGACGGACCUCCGCUUGAGUACGAACUCAUGCGGCGUCAUAUCAAACGCGACUUGGAUGAAUUGUGGUGGUUUCUCCGGGAUAAUCUGGAGGGGGUGGUUCGGAAACCAGAGACGCCUGCCGAGCUCCAAACCCAUCUGAAAGGGUUUGUGGAGGACAUCCAACAUCGAGAGCAAGCUAUGCAAGUGGCCCUCAUGAACCUCGCCCAGGUGGAUGGCUUCGAGCAAUGGCGCAAGAAUGAAGCCAAGUCCCUCAGUGACCUUGUCCAGAAGCGCAUUUACACCCUCCAAAAUCCCAGUGAUUGCCAAUCGGCCAAGAAACUAUUGUGCAGUCUGAACAAAGGCUGUGGGUUUGGCUGUCAGGUUCAUCACGCCAUCUACUGUUUCAUCGUGGCUUACGGUACAGAGCGUAUGCUCGUCUUGAAAAGCAAAGGCUGGAAGUACAACAAGGCCGGAUUUGAAGAAUUGUACAUGCCCUUAAGUGAGACUUGCCCAAAGCCCAGCCUCGAAGGGAAACGCUCUUGGCCGGGCACGCCCGAUAGACUGGUCGUCGAGUUAGGUAUUGUCGAUUCUGUGAACCCUCGACCGGAGUUCCUCCCGCCCUCCAUUCCCAAAGAUCUCUCCGAGCGAAUCAUCCUUCUCCAUGGUGAUCCCAUCGUUUGGUGGGUGUCACAGUUCUUGAAGUACAUGCUUCGCCCUCAGCGGGACCUGCAGCAGACUUUGGACGAAAGUGUCGAGUCUCAAGGCUUCAGUUCACCAAUGGUCGGAAUCCAUGUGCGUCGCACGGACAAAGUCGGGACAGAAGCCGCUUUUCACGGUGUGGACGAGUACAUGAAACAUGUGAAAGAGUAUUUCCAGUUGCAAGAAGUGCGACAAGGUAGACCAAUAGUCACAAAGAGUGUGUAUGUGGCCUCGGAUGAUCCCAAAGUGCUUGCCGAAUGUCAAAAGAACUAUCCAGAUUUCACGUUUCAUGGAAAUCCAGACAUUGCCAAAAGUGCCGCAGUGUCUUCCCGCUACAACAAGGACUCCUUGAAGGGUAUUAUCAUUGAUAUUCAUCUGCUGGCCCAAGCCGAUUAUCUAGUGUGCACCUUCUCGUCCCAAGUGUGUCGGAUCGCCUAUGAGAUCCUCCAAGAGCGAUUCACAGACGGAGCGGACCGUUUCAAGAGUCUGGAUGACAUCUGGUAUUAUGGCGGACAGAGCGAGCAUCAGCAAAUCGCCAUCAUGGACCACACUCCCAAGAAUCGGCAGGAAAUCGAGCUGAAGAAGGGCGAUGUCAUUGGAGUGGCUGGGAACCAUUGGAACGGGUUUAACAAGGGUCGGAACCACCGAACAAAUCGAGUGGGUCUGUAUCCAUCCUACAAAACGAAAGAGAACAUCAAGAUCGUGGAUUUUCCAUCCUACCCACACGUGGAGCUGUAGUCCCGUUCAAGUUGAAACACUCGCUAAAUGUGAUCUUUGCCCUCUUCUCCUCCUCCCCUCUCUUGGGUCAAGAGUCUUAAUAGCAUAAUGUGAACAUGUGUGCGUGUGAGCGUGUGUUUGUUGUUACCCAAUCUUAACUAAUUCAUCUACUUACAACUUUUGCCACAAUCUUGUUGAUUUAUGUCACAAAGAAACCUCAUUGCUUGAUGAUAACCAUUGUCUCAAAUGGUCUUAAAUUUCUAUUGGUCUCCUCUCUUUUUUCCUACCCGCCCUUUUCGGCUAGAUAUUCUCCACCAAGUUUUGUGCUCCAUAAAUUUGAUUCGACUUUUUUGUUCACUCAAAAAAAAAUCCAUCAUCUAAACUGA